AUGGGCGAAACACUAAAAGAGAAGGCCCAGCGAAAGCUCGACUCUGGCGAGUCCAGCUCGCUUGGAGAUCCAGUAUCACUCAAGGCCGAGCAGAGCAGCCGCCAACCGGCAGAUAGCGAGAAGGGAGCCGAAUCAGCUGGCAAGGACACCAACGCCACGCAGGACAAGAAUCCUACUGAACUUGGGGACCCUGUCUCGCUGAAGGCAGAGAAGUCGAACAACGAACCAACCGAGAAGGACAGAGGUGCACUGAAGGACAAGAAGCAGUCUAAGCUAUGA